AUGAAUGGAAGUGGAGACAUUGUAGUACAGGUUCGACAAGAUAAUGAACCGCGAAUGACAAAAAAGUCUCUGCGAAAAAUCUGCACGGACAACGACUUGUAUGUGACGCCGCAUUUAAAUGAUGUUUUGUAUCUACAUUACAAAGGCUUCAGUAAAAUAGAGAACCUAGAAGAAUACACUGGGCUGAAAUGUCUCUGGUUGCAAAAUAAUGACAUUGAGAAGAUUGAGAAUCUCGAAAAUCAAACAAAUUUGAAAAGUCUUUUUUUGCACUACAAUUUAAUUGAGAAAAUCGAAAAUUUGGAAGUGCUUCAGGAGUUAGAUACAGUGGAUUUGAGCCACAAUUCAAUCCGAAAAUUAGAAACUAUAGACGUUCUGCCAGUGCUUGACUCUCUGUACAUAACACAUAAUAAGCUUCAAACAGUUGAAGACAUAGAAAUUCUUGCAAAAUGUAAGCAGCUGAGUGUUUUGGACUUGUCUUUCAAUCAUUUGGACAGUCCCGACAUUGUUAAUGUGCUUGGUGCCAUGGAAAACCUCCGAGUUCUUACUCUGACAGGAAACCCUGUACUCAAACAGCUUUCUCCAUACAGAAAGUUAAUAAUAAUAAACUGCAAACAUUUAUUACAUCUGGAUGAACGCCCGGUAUUUGAUAAAGACAGAGCAUGCACAGAAGCAUGGUUUGCAGGUGGGGAGGAAGCAGAAAAGAAACUAAUGGAAAAAUUUAUACAAGAAGAUAGAGAUGUAUGCCUAAGAAGUGCUUUGGAACUUAUACAAAUGCGUGAUAGGAAAAUUGCAGAGAGGGCUGCACAACUAGCCGAUGACACACUACAGUGUGUUUCAUUACUGUUUUCAGAAUAUUCUCAGUUACCCUACACACCAUUACAAAUUACAGCCAGUCAUUCUAACGAUGUCAAAAGUAACUACACAAAUGCUGAGAAAACUGGGGAAAACCUUGGAAAGCUAACAGUGCUAAAAAAUACUCAUGAUGCAGAGCCCUCACAACAUGCUGCCUCUGAGAGCAACAGCUGUGAAUUUAGUUUGAAUGCCAUUACUGCUGCGGAUAAAAGCACCUAUGAAAGCUGCAACAAAGAAACUGCACUGCUCAGAGAACAAGACAAUCUUGAUAAUUUAGGACACUGUGAAUUAGAAACAGAUAACGACUGCAAAAAUACACCUGAAGUGGAUGGAUAUAGAACCUGUGUGCAUGAGAGAAUCAAAAUACAUGACACUUGUGUAAACAACACAGAUUGUACACAGACUCAGGCAGAAAAUAAUGGCAGGGAUAGUCUAGUUUGUCAUACUCAUCAUGAUCAUCAAAUAUUUUUUUCUUCAGUUUGUGGCCAGAAGGUCCCUGUACCUAAUGAGCAGCAAAUGUUCUAUAGUGCAUGCAUAGAAAACACAGUGGAAAAACAGGAGGAGAGUGACACUGUUACUAGAGAAGGCAAAUAUAAAAACUUUACCUACGACAAUUGUGAAAAUGCAAUAGCUUGUGAUUGCAGUACAGAACAUGCUGUUAAAUGUAAUGCAAAAAUAACUGCUCAUGGUCUUUCAAGUGACAAACAAUUUACAGUACACAAAGCAGCAAAAAACAUAGCAUGCAACCUAAGCACUUCCUCAUCUGAAAACAAUAGCUGUAAUAAAGAAAAAGAGCUUGCAUUGCAUGACAGAGAGAGAAUGGUGCUUGACAAGCAGAUGAAACCAGACUGUUUGAACACUAGGGUGUUGCAAAAUGAAGGUGAAAAGAGCCCCCAGUCUGACUGUUAUAACACAGAUUUAAUUCAGAAAGCAGUUGCACCAACCUCUGAGGAAAAUGUGUUAAUGUACAAUGGGAAUAAAUUAAUAGGUGUAGACAUGGCAGAACAAUUAUUAAGUCAACAACAAUCUGCAUACAAUCCUCAAGAAGAUAAUAUUGUAGAUGAUCAUGGUGAGGAUAGAACACUGGGUUUGGGGAACAGUAAAGAUGAAACUGUUGUGCUACAGAAACAAUAG